CCGAAUUAUAAGCUAGUUGAAAAGAAGGAAGACACUAGCGUCGAGUUCGAGUUCGACAAGGAAUAGGAGUAUUACGAAUAUAAUGAUAAAUUGAUAAUAGAAUAGACAGAAACGUUUCGAUUCUUUAGGAGGAGAUAGAGACUAUGGCUCCAGCGCAAAAUAGGGUUUUCUGGCUCUUCCACCUUGGGCUAUCCGUCGUUCUCCCUCCCUCCUGGUCGUCCCCCGCCGCCACCGACGGCUACAUACCCACCGCUGUCUACGGCCAUCUUCUCACUCCCGCGACCAGAAAACCACCGCUCCGUUCAAAGGCAUACCGUCAUGGCCCAAUCAGCAAACUCGGAGACGAUCUCCUCCUGGCGAUUCUGAUUCGCCUCCCGAACGCUAGAUCCGCCUUCCAGUGCAAAUCCGUCUGCAAGCGGUGGUGCUCACUCAUCUCCAGUCCCCACUUCGGCCGCAUUUUCGUUUCUCACCGUCAACAGAGCAGGAUCGACGGCGGCGGCGGUGAACUACUUCCUUUAACCUCACGCGACACUGAAUCCAUCUUGAGGUUUCUCCCCGUGCCUGAUGAGGUCCGAUCCAAUUUCGUACUUUUGGGUUGCUUCAAGGAUUUGGUUUUAUGCGGCUUCGUGGACUCUACUGCUGGGAAUGAUCUUGAUGGCGAGAUGGGGAGAUUGUUCUUCGUCUGCAAUCCGUUUACAAAGCAAUGGGUCGCCCUUCCUCUGGCGCCCAAAAAGUCAGUCGAGUAUCAGAACAAAUGUUUAGUCUCUGAGAAUUUGGAUUCUGGAGAUGAUGAUGAUUGUCGAUUCCGAGUCGUCCUUGUUUCUGGAUCACCUGACCGUGCAAUAGUAGACUUGUUUUGUUCGGAGUCAGGGGAAUGGAUGGAAGACGCCAUGGCUCCUCCUGAUUCUGGUUCUUCCACACAGAUGAUGCUUGGGGAUGUGAUUCCCUUGUGGAAUGGGACCUUGUGUUGGCUGUCCGAUGACAUGCUUGCUUUUUGUGUGUGGAAUCCAUUCUGCCCACACACACUUCCGACUUCCAUCGUUGAAUCGCCGAACAGCCGGAGUUAUUCCUGGUUCUCCAGUGCCUUACCGAAGCGCACGAUUUGGGUCUCACUUGGUGUUUUACACAUAGUUUUUCACCUUGAGGAAAUUCAUUGUUUGUCUAUUUGGAGAUGGGAGGAAGACAAUCGAAGAUGGUGUUUUCUUUACACUGGCUUUGUGGCGGAUUACAUCAUUGACCGUGAGUAUGUACAAUUUAAGGGUUUGAAGGCGCAUGAUGUAGUUGGCAUUCAUCCGAGUAAGCCCGAAACCAUCUUCUUGGAGUGUCGUCGUCCUUCUGAUGUCGCGCCUAUUGUGGUCGAGUGCAACAUGAGGACGGGAGAGAUGGAGGUCUUCACCGAUAGAUGGAAUUGGGGUGCGUUGUUCCAGCCGAGGUUCACUUGCUGGCCUUCCCCAAUUCCGGGCCACGAGAAGCUGCGAACUAUGUAUGAUGGCUGCUAUAGUUGUUUGGUUCAGAGCAUCAGCCAAUCUUGAACUCCCUAAAACAGUAGCCGGUAAAUCACAUGAAUUCCUUUCAUUUGAUUAAUCUAAUUCCUUUUGUUUGUUGUUUUGCACAUACAAUUCAUCACUUAGUGCUUCAUAUAUACUAAUUAACAGGUCAAUGCGCUCGAUCCACAUGACAUUGUCAACUCAAUCAUCUAUGCUCUUAGCUAUGAAGAGGGAACCCGGUCCCUGGGUUAGCAAUGUUAACUUAUUGGCCAAAGAAUCACCACGAAUGGCUACUCAUGAUUGUUAGAACUUCUCUUUUCUUGGUUUGUGUCGACUGAUUUCAAGUUUUUUUUCUUCUCCUGUAUAACCAGUAAUUUAAGUCUAGGAUGACACAUGCGUGAAUGACUGAACAGGAUGCUCAGAAUGUAUGAAUUGGGGACACUUGCAGAGUCGCAGAAAUUUGUCUGUUGUUGGUCAUCCUUUUACAAGCAUUCUUCCAAUCCUUGGUUUAUCUUCUUUUCACUCUUUCAGUUCCCGGUUUGCUUGCUAAGAGAACAGAGGGAACCAACAAGCUAUCGUCUUUCUCACGAACCAAUAAUCCCAUUUUGCUUCCUCUCCCCAAAUCCCACCUGUAGUAUAGGUAAGAAGAAAGAUGCCAUGCCUUCACGGGAGCAUACAUUUAGUGUUCAAAAUCUUGACCAUUGUUAGUGAUAACAGUUGCUUGGAGUACAAAACAUGAUGACAGAGCUCAGGAUUCCUUUUUCCUUUGUCCCAAAUUAAAGAGUUCAGAGUUCUAAUGCUGCAAUUUGUAUCUUUUACAAAAAAGAGUUCUAUUGUUUGAACUCUAGUUGUUCUGAACUGUUGGUUUGAGAGUAGGCAGCAAUUGUUACAUAUUAUAAUGUAUAUAUUUCAGUAGGGCAAUCUUACAGAGUUACAGUUAUUUUCUCAUAGAAUACAUGUGUGUCUUACGU